UUACACUGAAUUAUUCUUGACCCUCCCUUCCUUCCUCUCCUGAUAUACCAACGGAGAACGCCCAGGGUGGCUUUCACAGCUCAGAGCAAAGGAACUGCCUGAUCAUCAGCUUCAGACACACUUGAAGCCUGACAUGCGCAUACACCCACAUGUCCCAUAAAAACCUGGAGCCCCCGGCAGUCACCCACACUCCUGAGCUCCAGCAUCCAGCAGCAGCUGCUCAUCUCAUCUGAAAGCGGCGUGGCGAGUGAGGGGAAGAUGUGGGCUCGUGGAGGGCCAAUCACGCUUGUGCUGUUCCGCCUCUUUGGCUCAGCUUCUCUGUUUCCUUACACACCUGCUCCUUCUGUUCCAUCACAAAUUUCACCUCCUCCUCCAUUGUUAACAGACUUCCCAUCUUGGCUCUCUCCUUCUCUCAGCAUCUCAUCCUCUAACCCCCACCUCACCUCCAGCUCUGGGGAAUCCUCAAAGACAGCCGGCUGUGACCUCAGCAUCUCUCCUUCCUCCUUAGUGGUCAGGUUUGGAGAUCCGGUCAAAGCUAACUGCUCCAGACAGAAGGCAGGGUUUCCUGCCCUGGGUUGGGAAGUCUCAGUGGGUUCUCCUGAAACCACUUUGAGUGAGUUUCUGGUCUGGCGUGUGGACAGACUGACCGAGUGGAGCAUCGACCCCAUGUGUUAUGUGAUGUCUGAUGUGGGAGGAAAGUGUGACGUGGCUCUCUCCCUGACAGUCUACCAACCCCCAACAGCAGUCUCCAUCACAUAUGUCAAUCACACUGGACCACUGCUCGAGGGGGGCAGUUAUUCUCUGCAGUGCACGGUUCAGGAUGUUGCACCUCUUGAAAAAGUGGUUGUGAUUUUUUAUGAAGGGCAGACAGCUUUGAGUCAAAUCAAGUUCAAUGACACGAGACAGAAGACUCCAGCAAACAAGAGCAUCACUCAGAGCAUUGUUCCCUGUAGAGAGGACAACGGAACGGAGUACUGGUGUGAAGCUAGGCUGGACUUGGGGCCGGAGGGACCACAACAACCGCUAGUGGUGACGUCGCAAAAACUUACUUUGCUAGUGCUCUCUCAUCCAAAUUCCACAAAACUACAGAGAACAUGUGGCAAAUGUAAUGGGGAAACCUCACCAGAGAACAGCGGAACCAUAAACGGCUAUCAAACAUGCUUCUUGCUGGCUGCUUUACUGUCUCAGAUGAUUAUCCAGCAGUAACGCCUGCAAACAGGAACAAUCUGACUCCCAUCUCCACGUAGUUUGACGAUUUGCUCCUUUGAGAAACUCUCAUUUGAGAAGAAUCGGAUCUUUGGUUUUGUUUAGUAGUGUUCUAAGGAGUGGUGUGUGUAACUGAAAGGAGAUGCUUUACUCUACACAAUUCCUCACAGGUACAUGUUCUCACAAAACUGAAGGUUGUGCUCAUGAAAAAAUUCAAAUUCCUUGUUGCUGUACUGAAAACUGUUUUGUACAUUUUGAUGACACAUUUUUCAAAUCUCUGAAAUACAAUAUUUGCUUGUUUU